UCACUGAGUGCUAGAGACACGUUCGACACUCUGCACAUCAUUUGUUUCUUGUAAUACAAAUCAUCAUGUCACAAUUGGAGAAUGCAAAGGUGACGCAAUCUGGUGGAGGAGAUAAGAUCACUUUGGUGCUGCUGGGAAAGAACAGCAACGAUAAGUCUAUGAUAGGGAAUACCAUAUUAAAGGCAAACUGCUUCAAAGGUAGUAACAACAUAUGUACAAGAGCUGAAGAAAGAGUAGAUGAUCAGAUGGUCUGUAUCAUAAACACUCCAGACCUAUUCCACCAAAAUAGAGAAACAGAGGAGAAUAUAGAGGAGAUAAAAACCCUAUAUCCAGGGCCACGCAUGUUUCUUCUGGUUCUGCAGAACAAACAGCUCUCACAGGAAGAGAUGUUAAUGUUCAGCCAGCUGAAAGCGAUAUUUGGAGAGAAAAUGGUGGAAAAUACUGUCAUAGUACUAGUUAACAAUCAGGAGAAUAAAUCUGAAGAACCAUAUGACCACGCAGAUGAGAAUCUCAAAAAACUAUUAGAUGAGUGUGGAUGGAGAAUGUGUGUUCACGACAAGAAAAAUGCUAACAAGCUGACCAAUGUGGUAGUGAAAGAAUGGAAGAAAAUACAUGAAAAGCAGUUUAAAGAAUCAAGCAACUCCGCACUUGCAGAGAGGCCUAGAACUGAACCUGUAACAUCAUCUGAAUCCAGUGUGAUAUAUGAGGACAUUGAUGCGUAUGUAGAAAUGGGGCCAAAAAAUGAAGCGUCAUCGGUGUCUGAAAACAGCAAAGAAAAGAGCGUUCAGACAUCUAGAAGUAAAGACAUGAUGACAGUGGUCCUGCUGGGAAAGAUAAGCAACAACAAGUGUCUCGUAGGGAACAAAAUUUUUCAAAAAGAUAAUUUCCGAUCAGAGAAGGUCAUGUGUGAGAAGAUAGUGGAUAAUGUUGGUGGUGAGGAGGUCUGUAUUAUCAACACUCCAGACCUUUUUCAUAAACCAAGCUCAUCAGAUCCAGAAGCUAACAGAAUGGAUGAGCUGAAGCCAUCAUACCAAGGUCCACGUGUGUUACUCCUUGUACUCCAGGACAGUAUGGUGUUACCAGAAGAGAUGGAGAUGUUUAAUGAAGUAAAGAAGAAGCUUGGACCGAAAAUGGUUGAACAAACAAUUGUGCUGGUUAAUGGUGAUAAAAAGGUAUCUUCAAAUAAAAUGGACACACCAUUGUCAAACAAAAAUGACCAUGAAAAAAUCCUGGAGGAGUGUGGAAACAGACUGUGUGUUUACAGCAAACUCACGAAGAGUACUGAACUAAUCAAAGAACUGAUGAAAUACAAAGAAAGCAUGAAGAACCAAACAUCAGAAACUACAAAAGUAAGAGGGAUGCAUGCCAAUAAGGAGAUUCAAUCACUAAAUAAUACAGCGUCAGGGGGAUACAAGGUGGAUCGGCCAAAACCUUUGACCAUCGUGCUGCUGGGACAGACAGGAUGUGGGAAGAGUGCUACAGGAAAUACAAUAUUAAAAAAGCACCAUUUUGAAUCACAUGCUAGUUCUGUGCCAGUAACAAAGGAGUGCCAGAUGGCAGAGAAAACUGUUUAUGAAAUGAGGAUUAGGGUUAUAGACACUCCAGAUUUCUUUAAUGAAGACCUUAAAAGUCAGGACAAACAGAUAAAGAAGUGCAAGGAGCUCGCUCAGCCAGGGCCUGAUGUGUAUUUGCUGGUCAUGCAGCUUGGCCGUUUCACAGAGGGCGAGAGAGAGGUUCUCCCACAUCUGAAGAGAGAGUUUGGCGACGAUGUGACUUUAAAGACUGUAAUUCUUUUCACGGGUAAAGAGAAGCUGAAGAACAAGACUUUAACGGAUUACAUCAACGGCAGCGAAAAGGAACUUCAGGAACUGAUCAAAACCUGUCAUUCAAGAUGUUGUGCAUUUAACAACAACAAUGAGAAAUCCAAUCAGGUGAAAAAACUUCUGGACCUCAUUUCUGACAUGCAGGAAAAUAGUGCCACAGAAAACCCUCACAGAAAAAAGCAUAAGGAUAACAAAGAAUGCAAUAUCUUGUGAGAUUAAGUGUGUCUGUACACAACUAUAAUUAGGGAAACUUUUCGAAAUAUGCAUAAGUUCUAUUAUAGUUAGUCUACAGAUGUUACAAUUGUGUAGACCAUAAAAAGGACUGUUAGAUGCAUAUUUAAUUGUACCUUUCUUUACUGUGAACUACUAAAAAUACUCUGAAUAGCACAUAUGUAAUGAUUAUUGUAUUUGGAAGUUAAAUAUGUAAGUUAAAUAAAAACAUUAAACCUGCAUAAGUAGUUUCAUAAUUUAAUUGAAAAUACAAGUAUAGGUCUCUACAGGAAAGUAAUGGGAGU